GUCUCAGCCAAUCACAAAGGGGCGGAGAGUGAAUAUUUCAUUUUCAGGCUCUUCGCUCUCUCAUCGUCGUCGUUGUUUCCGGUCACUUACCACCGUCCACCACCUCCUUCACCCAUGGAAUCUCGCAAAAGACUGCGUACAGAUGAUUCUGACGCUCUUCAUGGUGCGAAGAAGAGAGCUCUCGCAAGUCCGAGUAAUAUUGACUCUCCGGGAUAUCUUAAUGGCGCUCUUCCUGCCACAACCGACACCGACGAACCCAAAGAUAGUGACAGCCUUGAAAUGUUCCGCAAAGACGCCAUCUAUAGACGAAUGAAACAUUAUUCGCGAGAGAAUGAAAGGAGUCAGGCCAAGAUAGUUGAGCUGGAAAGACGACGAAGUACAUGUGAGGCUGGCUUAGCUGCUCUCGAGGCUUGCUGGACUCAGCUGGUAGAUACCAUUCGUUCGGUCGUCCACAGUGACAGUCUUCCUCCAGUGGAUGUGGAAACGCAAGACAUAUUUGACCUCUCAGCUCAUGUCUCAGAAGAUUCGGACUCUACCUACGUAGAUACAUUACGGACUAAAAUGCAAGCCACUCAACAGCUUGUCACAGCAUUUGUUCAGUUGGGUGCGAAAGGGGAUUCGGGAUUACUCCAGGAUGAGAUGUAUAGGCGAUGCCAGAGAGCUCAAACAGAGUGCACUUCACUCCGCUCAGAAGUCUCUCUUAUACGUGCCAAACUACGUAAUGCAGAAGAGGAGAAAGAACGCUUACAUGAACAGCUAAUCGCUGCUGAGAAGCGCGUAGACCGUUUGCAAUCCAAGACCAUAGCAGCGCUGUAUCCACCUCAAGGGUCUGCAUCACCGCCACCGCCGAGCGACAAGGAGCAGCAUGUAGCAGUGAAGGACGAGUCAUCCCCACGAGAUUCACCGUCCUCUCCAGCACCCUCCGGAUCGCAACCUCCACCUGUUGUAGUUAAUGGCACCGAUGAUUCGGCUGAUGAUUGGAAGGAGAUUGCGGAAUUGCGGGAGGCGAACAUCGAACAGCUUCGCAAGGCGAAGUCAGAAUUAACGGACGAAGUCACGUCGCUUCAAAUCAAGAUGAGGAUACCUCCGGACGAUUUCAUCCAGCAGACUCAUGUAUACAAAGUACUUGUUGAUGAAGCGUCACGUAUACACCAUGAUAAAGCGGAGCUGAUCAAGGAGGUUGAAAAGUCGAAAGCAGAGAUAGAGAACCUCCAAGUCACUCACGAGAAAGAGAAGGCAGACCUUCAGGCGGCGUAUGACAAGCAAGUAAGCGAGUUUGUUGCCAUGGGUAACAAACGCGAUACCGAGAUAUGUCGUCUUCGAGAUCAACGAGAUCAACAGCUCAGCGAAUUGAACGAAAGGAAGCAGAAAGACAAUGUUAAGAUAGCUUCGCUCAACGAGUUCAAAUCACUCGCUGAGUCCCGUGGUGAUCGCAUUAAAGUUCUAGAAUCUGAGGUUACCAGGCUGAAGACACGAUUGGCCGCCGAAUCGGGAGAUGAAGAUCUUAUGACGUUCCUAUUCCAACAUGGUGCUGAGGAGAUGUCCUACGUGGAAGACCUGAGGCAGAAGCUUCGUGCUGCCGAGGAUCGUGCUACUUCAUUAGAGCAGUCGCUCUCAUUCUUCCAAGAGGAACACCCAGACGUUGUUCAGCAUAUGCAACGUGAAGUGGAGGCUAAGCAGGAGCUGGCGGAGGUUUCUCGACAGUUGAAGGAGUACCGUUCAACGUUGUCCAGUUUGCCACCCGACUUGCAGUCUUUGACAGAGCAACUGAAGCAGAAGGAUGAGGAGAUUGAGCAACUGAAAUCGUUGGAGAAGCAGCGGGAACAGGCUGAAUCCUCGCUGUAUGCCGAACUUGACAGACUUUCGGCUGCAUGGGAGGCCCUCGAUCGACAGGUCAAAAGCAAAGUAUUUGACCUUUCUGCGAUGGAGGAGCGUGUCGUGAAGGUUGGCCUCGAUAAAGCGAAGUCUGAGAACAAGUUCUACUCCGCGAUGCGAGACAAGGAAGCUAUCGAGAACGAACGCAAGAAUCUGUCUCGUGGUUAUGAGAAACAAACUAAGCUCAUCGAGAAGUUCAUGGAGACGGAGAAGAACUUGCACUCGCAGAUCUCGACUCUGGAGAAGGAAGUCUCCCUACUCAAGAACGCAUUGGAGGCACAGAAAGGCCACGUCAAGCUCAUCGAACACGAGAUUUUAACGUGGAAGACACGUGCAGAGGGGGAGCGGAAACGUGCUGACGAUAUGCGAGCAAUGUAUAUCGAUCGAGAACAUACACUUGAGCGGCAACGCGCAGACUUCAGGAAGCAAGAGGAGUCAUUAGCGAAAGUGAAGAGGGAGACAGAGAAGCUGAACGCUAAGCUUCGUGCUUCCGAGAAGUCGCAUAGCGGUAGCACUAGCUCGAGGGAAGCUCAGUUGAGAGAGGAGGUUGAGAAGUGCAUGACUCUACUGCAAUGUUCAACGUGUAAGAUGAACAUGCGUAAUACUGUCAUCACGAAGUGCAUGCAUUCUUUUUGCAGGGCCUGUGUGGACAGCCGAAUAUCAAGUCGACAGCGCAAAUGCCCUGCGUGCAAUCUUGGAUUUGCUCAGAGCGAUGUACAACAGCUCUUCUUUCAGUGACCUGGUCUUCGACAUUUUUUACUUUAUCGUCCUCAUUUACCUUGUCUGUUUGUUUUCCUGGGUUUUGUCGUACUCUCUUGCAGAUCUUCUUGCAUUUAUUUUAUGCUCACGUCACGUUGCGAAUACAUUGUCUCGUCUAAGCGUGUAAUAGAGAUCCUGAAGGAAGUGAUAUAAUCCACACGAGCAAACCUCGUCUGAGGAGGAUGCUCGCAUUGGACCGUGAGGCGACAUCUCGUCCUACGAUAGCUAAGUACUAAUACACCCGAUCAGCCUAUUUAUUAUACAGUGCCUUUAACGUUAUUACAUCCGCAAAGCUAGGUACACAGAAUGGGAACCAGUUCAAGAAACAACGGCGACGGCGAUGAAUGAAAAUUGUAAUUAUGACCCACAUAUCAAGGUUCCUCGAGUUAAUGCUUUAACGUGACCCUCAUCGAAACUUCAUCUCCCACUGCUGCCGGAAGUCUCUCAGCCCAUCCAACCUGAGCGACCGUUUAAGAAAUUUCUGGAAAGCACUUUCAUAACGUGCAAUGAUGGGAUACUGCUCGGAACCAUGUCCACGAAUGUUCAAACAGAAGCGUUCAGCCUCGUGCUCUGGGAUUGGCGAAUGUCCCGCCCACUCGUAUUUCUUCCGACCCG